AUGGCAGCGGGACCAAUUUCAGAAAGGAACCAAGACGCCACUGUGUAUGUCGGUGGCCUGGAUGAAAAGGUGUCAGAGCCGUUACUAUGGGAGCUUUUCCUGCAGGCUGGUCCUGUGGUCAAUACACACAUGCCCAAAGACAGGGUCACUGGCCAACACCAAGGUUAUGGCUUUGUGGAGUUCCUUAGUGAAGAGGAUGCUGACUACGCCAUCAAAAUCAUGAAUAUGAUUAAGCUCUAUGGCAAACCAAUUCGAGUUAAUAAGGCCUCUGCGCACAACAAAAACCUGGACGUGGGUGCUAACAUCUUCAUCGGUAAUCUGGACCCGGAGAUCGAUGAGAAACUGCUCUACGACACAUUCAGUGCCUUUGGCGUGAUCCUCCAGACGCCAAAGAUCAUGCGAGACCCAGACACAGGCAACUCCAAGGGUUAUGCUUUCAUCAAUUUCGCAAGCUUCGACGCAUCAGACGCUGCCAUUGAGGCCAUGAACGGCCAGUACCUCUGUAACAGGCCCAUCACAGUGUCCUACGCCUUCAAGAAGGAUUCCAAAGGAGAGCGACACGGUUCAGCUGCAGAGCGACUACUGGCUGCACAAAACCCUCUCUCCCAGGCAGACCGGCCACAUCAGCUGUUCGCAGACGCUCCGCCCCCACCGAGUGCCCCCACACCGGUCCUAACUGCAAUGGGAUCUGGGAUGCCCAUGCCAGGCAUGCCACCCCCUGGUUUCCCUCCCGUUCCUCCUCCUGGAUCGAUGCCACCAUCAAUGCCCCCUUCAAUGAACAUGCCUCCAAACGCAGGAGCACCAGGCCAACAGGGUGGCGGCGGCGGGCCACCACCUGGACCACCACCCUUCCCUCCUGGCAGCAUGCAUCCAGGUAUGCCUCAGAUGCCCAUGCCCCCUCCUGCUCCUCCUGGCAUGGUGCCUCCACCUCCCGCUCCCCCGGGAUCAAAUCAGUCACGGGCACCACCACCCCCUGGCAUGCCCCCACCCCCACCUAUGGGAAUGCCACCCAGAGCACCGUAUGGACAUAUGGGUCCACCUGUGCCUCCAGGUAUGAGAGGGCCUCCUCCCAUGCCUCCACCGGGCUACGGUGCUCCUCGUCCUCCUCCUUUUGGCUUCCAGAGAGGACCUCCAAUGCCUCCACGCCCCCCCGGUGUCCCGCCCCGCGUUCCUAUGAGAGCACCAAUGCCACCGUAAUCCAAGAAACAAGCUCUCGUUUAGCUUCUUUUUUUAAAAUAAACAUCUUAAGAUCUACUCAAGUUUGUAAUAGUGAGAAUAAUUUAACCACCUGUUUGUUUUUGUGGCCAUUGUACAGAUGAAACCUUUGACAAAUAAAAUUUUUUAGUACAA